GGGCAAGCGGGAGAAGCGAGUGGUUCGCGAGUGGUUCGCGAGUGAUUCGCGAGGUGCGCGGGGGUGGGACGGGCCGUCAGAUGCCGGCCACGCGUGCCCCCGAGGAGGGCGAGUCGUCCGGGGGGAGGAAGUGCGGCUGCCGCCGCGGCGAGACGCCGGCCGGGAGCGGUCGAUGCCCGUAGAGGAACGCGCGGCGCCGCGAACCUCGUGCUCGCCCCUGAGUGGGUGAGACCGCGCCGGAGCGUCGCCGGGAGGGAUAUGCUCCCGCCCGCUGCCAUGCACCUGGAGCAGAGGAUGAGUACCGGCGCGCCCCACCCGGAGCCCCGGCGGACGGCCGCGUCUUCCCGCGAGCCCCACCUGCCCCAUCGGCCGGCCGUCCUUUCCCCAGCGAGAGAACGUUUCCCCUCGUCGAGCAGCACCGACGAUGAUCAGAGCGGCUCGGACGUGGAGCACGAGUCCUCGGCGAUCCGGGGCAAGACUCACCCCGGAAUCCUCCACCACUCCGGCACGCACUCGGUCCGCAAACGACGGGGGAAUCUGCCCAAGCACUCGGUCAAGAUCCUCAAGAGGUGGUUGUACGAGCACAGGUAUAAUGCCUACCCCAGCGACAGCGAGAAACUCACGUUGAGCCAGGAGGCGAAUCUCACGGUGCUGCAGGUUUGCAACUGGUUCAUCAACGCUCGGCGACGCAUUCUGCCGGAGAUGAUUCGUCGCGAAGGGCACGACCCUCUUCAGUACACGAUAUCCCGUCGGGGGAAGAAGAUGCCGGGCGGGAAUCACCAGCAGGCCUCGGGCCUCAGUCCCAGGUCCAGCCAGAACUGGGACCCGCUCGCCGGCAUGAGCGCCCCCAAGCGCAGCAGGGACCACGACUACGAGGACUCCGUGGGACUCAUGUACAGGAGCGAGGAGGACAGCCCGAACGAUUACGAGAGCAGUUCGCACAGCGAGGAGGAGCGUCCCUCGACCCAGUGGCCCAGCGUCAUCGUCUACCCCUACUCGGAAACCAAAGUCGAGCAGACCAAUCAGCCGAGCUACGGGGACCCGCUCGCUCAUCCUGCUCGCCGAGGGGAAGAGGGAGACGAGUCGUCGACGGUGAGCGAGGCGGCGUAUUGGAGCGCACCCAGGCAGCACCUGACGACGACGACGACGCCGGAUGUGCAGCACGAGACCGAGGUAUACAGCACGCACAACGCGCACAGCCCGCACAACGACGAGACCCCGCCGCCCACUCCUCCGGAAGAGGACAAAGACAAGUUCAAGUGCCUCUAUCUGCUCGUCGAGGCCGCGGUCGCCGUUCGGCAACAGGAGAAAGAGCGCGAGGGGACCGUGGUCUAACGCGAACCUCGCUCCUCGUUCCCUUGCUUUCUCUUCUUCGUUCCUCGCGCGGGACCCAGGGCGGAACUCGCGGGAUUCCGCGGCAAAAGGAGUGACCGACGGCGUCGACGAGCACCGAGUGGGGAAGACGCGCGUGGGGCCGGGGGCCGAGUUCACAUUCGAGGUUGGGCCUGUCAAGGUUGCGCGGAGCGUUUGGGAUGGAGAACGCGACCUGCGUUUUACGGCCAACCUCGCCUCGAUACCCGCGGCCUGUGGAAACGAGGACACGGUGGCGUUUCUUCCUGAUUUUGGAUCGGGACUCGCGUCGAUCGCCCUCGCGCUUCGAUCGUUCGAGUCGCCAUCGCCGUUUCCGGUGACAACCUCCCAGCCUGUCGGCAGCGGGGUUGGCCUUGGUCGAUCGUUAUCCUUAAUAAGUCUUCGAGGUUCGAUGUAGCGUCUACGUAAGCUCCGGGUUAAGUCGAGUAGAAACGGAGUCGCGUUCACGACUGGAAAAAACAUUCUUCCAAGCGUGUGCGCUCGUCGGUCACUGGGUACGUUUUGGCUUUUCGGUGCCGAGAGCGGCAAGUAACAACGUCCGAUUACUAGAGAGGCGAUAACGAGCCGUAAAAAUGAUAUUAUGCGCGGCCUUAUUUUUCCAACGUCAGGGAAUGAACGUGACGCCGAAGGCACGUAUAAUACCGUGUUUCUUGUUUGCCGAACGUGUAAAGAAACGGCAAUCCCUUAACACGUUGACUGCCGCGUCACCCAUAUUCGGGUGACAUAGCAGUCGAAUAAAAUGCGCGUGGCAGUCAAAGUGUUAAGGACCGUUUCGAAUAGACAGUGACAGUGGUUGAUCGUUGAUACUUGGUUUACGGUUCGGCGAGAUAUUUUCGGGACGGUUGUUCUAGGAUUUUCUACAAAAGCGACCCCUCGGGUGUAAAUCGGAUGAUCGUACGCUGUGCAAACGGCGGUUUCGCAACAUGCGUGCGAUCGAAAUGUGCCUUCUGGAUUGUCAAUUAUGUGUGGACACGCGCGAUGCAAACGGGAUCUUGACUAGUACGCGGAAUUUCGUCAUUUCCAUUUAAGCCAGGUCGCAGAUUGUCAUUUAAACGACGAGCAUUCCUCCCGUCCUCUCCGGGUCAUAAAACGCGGCUCCGUUACGAUCCCUUCCGUACAUCAGUCUAGGAAUAUUUGGAAAAAGAAGCGAAACAAAAGUCUAGAAUUUGGGUAAAACAUUACUCGCAGCGUGCACUGUGCCAGAUAUUCGAUUAAUUUGGUAUUUUUCACUUUACGCGUGGGACAUCCCUCGAGGCGAAAUCUAAUGACCGAUAGUGACUUUGUACGAGCGAAAUUGAAAUCGGAAGUUCAAGUCGACCCUUAAACGUGACAACGAUAAUUUUUUUUCUAGUCGAAACCAUUUGCACCCCUUCUCGCGAGUUAUCUGGAAUAUCGACCUCGGUUGACUUUCGAGAAAGACCGUUCAUGGUUCUCACGUCUUGCGCCUUUCGUGAAGCGUCACGACCAUACCAGGCAAGCUUGUGUAAGAUCGACAGUUGACGAUACUCCGAUUGAUUUUCUGUUUCGAGACGUUGAACUUGGGACCGUACGCCAUGAAUCCAAUUCGAAUCAGUGAUAACUUUUUGCGAUUCAGUGAGCCGUUCGCGGGUUUUUGCCGAUUAUUUCAAGUAGCACAUUCGCGCACCGAGAGUUCGUUUCGAUGUUCGCUAGAGCAGAGAAGGUAAAAGUUUUGGUGCCUCGUUCUUGAUAAGAAAUACGAAUCCAAUUAUUUUCAAUUAUUUUUAAUUAAUCAUUUAUUUUUGUAUUUUACCCGAGAUCGCGCUAAUUCAUUCCCUGUCUUUGUUUUUGUAUUUGUGCCCUGUGAAUGCUUGUACAGUAAGCGCAGACUUUGAAGAUCGAUACGUAAUCGACGAAGGCACGCUAAAUCGCGUUAGUUAAUCUACGCGAUUUCAGCGAUGUCGAGGGUUUGCCUUAGGAUGGUAUAAAUUGGUUCAUGAUUUAUGGAAUAGUUGCUGUAUAUGUCGCUUGAUUGGUUGCAUGAUCUCACAGUGAGAGCAUUCCUUGAAUACAAAUUUGUCGAUUCUAUCCGUCAUGAGAUUUUAAGUGAAUUUUACACGUAAUUCUCCAGGGCGUUUCACCCCCCCCCCCCCCCCAUCAACCGUAUCAGUAGAUGAAAGGGAAAAAAAAAAAUCGAACGUCGCGAUCUCUUGUCCGUAAAAUUAGAGCAGCUUCGACGAGGCACUAUUCGUGAAUUGGCGCAACCACUGUCUACGUGCUUCCGUGAAAGAUUUUAAGCUUUGCGGUCUCCUCGUUGUCGCGAGAAUAUGUUAACCAAAUUUUUGCUUUAAUUCUCUUUCCCUCCUUGCUAGCGCGUUAAUUAAGUAUGCGUUCCUCUUAUGAACGCAAUUUUUGGAAACAUGCCUCGAGAAGCGUGACGACGCGUUCGCCUCAAGGGGGGAAGGGAGACGGGGUCCGCCGCGAAGGCGUCGCUCCAUGAUGACCAUCUCUGGCGUAUCGAUUCCCGAGGAGAAUGAUCGACCGUUGCCCUUGAAGUGCCCGAAAACUAUCACGGAAUGUCCAAGUGUAUACAUACAGCAGUUCAAUACCGAAACGGUUGGCUCGCCCGCACCCGAUACAGUUGGUUAACAGUAAUACGGCACAUGACGUUUAAUUACGUUUCUUAAUCGACGGUGCACUUCAGUGGCCUGUACCUGCCGUUAUACAGUGCUUAGUUGUCGUCGUCAUCGUCAUCGUCCACUGGCAUGACCGCGACGACGAUCGCAAUGAAAAUUGCACAUCUAGAGAUAUCGUUGUAGAAUCGACUAUACCGUCGAGUAUUCCACGUGCUUUAGUUUCCACGGCAUUCGAUGCAACGCGGAACGAACCUCCCAACGGGCGUCGAUACAUUACGGAUAGUUCGUUGUCGUUAUCAUUUUACAUUUUGAGGAGUAAUACGCGCGUUUUCCGGCUUCUCGGCAUUUUGAUUAGUUCGUUGUUAUUCGGGUCUCGUUUACGAAUGAAAGUUAAGAACCGAGACAAAGAAAGGGGUAGCAAGAGGGAGAAAAGGAACGGGAAAGAAAAGAUGAGGACAGAAGGAAGAUGGUAGUGAAAUAAGAUUCUGUUAUCCUUAACGUGUACAUACAUCGUGAAAAAAUUGGUACAAACACCAAAGACUUACUUGAGUAUCACAUACAUACAUACAUGAAAUUAUUAAUGAAAUCGCGCAGGUUCUUUCGGGCAGACGUUGACAGAGCAUAAGAGUGAGAGGUUCGGGUAUGCGAAAUAGAUCGCUGCUACCGAGAGUGCAUGCAUGAUGGUAUACACACGUACGAUUGCUUUUAUUACAGACGUUUGUUUUCCAUUUCUAUAUGUAAUAUUGAACCACUCAAGCCUGAGUAUGAGUACGUAGGUAACGUGCGUUCAUUUAGCAUACCGCAAGCGAAAUAUCGACCUGAGGUAUAGAAAGUAGCUAAAGGCAAAGCAAAGUUGUUGAAUGUACAAAUUACUAUUCGAGUUUAUUUUAGUAUACACUGUUGUCAAGGUCGGUAGGUUUAGCUUGGUAAUAUGUAAGCUAAUAGAUUUUUACUAGACUAUAUAUGAGAGUUUUCCCAGUGGUCGGUUACCCUCCGGGGCGAUUUCCGGAAUGCGCGUUUGUCUGCUCGGUUUUUACUCUUCGAUGUCGAGACGGGCCGUGGUCUUGCAAAUUUAAAGCUAGUUCGACGACAAGAUUUGUCUCACUCCGGAAGCCGUUGCGCGAUACCGGAUCACCGUCCACUCCCUCCCAAGAACCCGUGUAAAUAUCCCUUGUUUUCAAGGAGGACAUCGAAGCUCGACAUCCGAAGGAAAGAAAGAUCGAGUCAAGGAAUCGCGGUCUCGUUUGCGUCACGCAACGAUUAUUUGAAUCGACAGUGUGCAUUUUUCAGGUUUCCUCUUUAGUACGUGUCUUUCCGGACACUGUUUAUUUUCCUCCCCGAAUCGUAAUCAUUUAUUUUUCUUCCCUUCGACACGAUGUCGCCAUCGCGCGCGCGCGCGCGCGAGAGAGAGAAAGAGAGAGAGAGAGAGAGUAAUUAGAGUAUUUUCAUAAUGCUUGCUGCGAUGCCGGAUUCGUUGCUGGUACAUUUAGGCUGUUGAUAUAUUGUUGGCAAGGUGCGAGUUUAAAUUGCGAAAUAACGUUGUUAACUAUUGGUAAUCGUUAGGCGGAAAAGGGGAGAAGAGAAUAGCUCGAGAAUCGGGCGGUCCGUUUGUCGGUCGGAUGCCGGAACGGCGGCGACCAAAUCUCCGCAGAUUUGCCUUUACCCAAAGAUGGAAAGUUCGCCAGAACGGCCCAGCUCGAGCAAGGGCGAAUUCCGUAAUUCGGCUAGAGAAGGCGUACGACGAAAAGGAGAGGUUCGAGUCUCCCUUCGAUUAACCAGUGCUCACUGCCGUAUAGUACCCCGACGUGUCUUAGAGUCGAGGGCCUCCGCCGUCCCUCGUCCUCGGGACGUCGCUCCCGGAGAACGACGGGAAGUCGGACGUUCGUGGAGGAAAAGGAAAGAGAUAUAUUAAAAGAUAUAUGUACACGAUGCGCGCGUAUAUGCACCAGGUGCCUCAUAUCGGCCCCGGCUCUUCUCGGUCCCUUCCCGAUCAAUCGUUCGUCACUCUCCUCCGUUCUAUCAUACGUAAGUCGAGCAUGGCCUUUAGCGGCGACUUCGGUAUCCAUUUGUACAUUACUUUCUCCUUCCUGGGCCAACGAAGUCGCAACUACGUAAUCGAUAAUUAGUCGACUUAAGUCAACCAAGAGAGGGAGAGCGGAAGAGCGAGUGACAGAGCGACUUACGCAGCAGGAGGCAUCCCGUGUUUUAGAGUUCCUAAGUCCCCUCUCCGUGCGGAAUGGCUGCAAAGCUCCGAGUCGUGGAUAUUUACCAAGAACGAACCCGCCCGUCGGGUGGGGAGUCCGUAUAUGUACACGUACGUCUAUAAGUUAGAUUCGCGGCGUAAUAGGGAUUAAGUAGGCGCGGGGGACGACGUUCGCGUAAGACAAAACCUUUAAGUGUAGGUCCGUUUAAGUCGACACGGAUGGGUGCCUUCUCUUUGGAGGUCCUGCAAAGGACGCCUUUAGUACGUACGUAACCCGCCGAAAGAAAAGACGGACGAUCCGCGUUCGCUUCGACGGUCUUUCACGUGGAUUUCGUUACUCUCGACGGCCACGAUCGGCAAAUCGCGGACUGUCCGCCCUUUCGAAAGAGAGCCUGUCGUGUUAAGUGUUUUUCGUUUCCUCCAGAUUUUAUUCUGUUUCUAAGCUACGGAAAGCGGGAAAAAGUGAGAGGGAGAGAGAGAGAGAGAGAAGCGCAGCCGAAUAUUGGAACCGAGGAGAUCUUCCCUGAGAAAGAGAGCCGCAGGAAAAGCGAGCAAACCAGUAGGCAACCGGUCGAAGCGACUCAGUGCUAUUUUUAUUUUCUAUCGUAUUAUAUCAGUUUUACGUUUAUUUUGUAACCGAACGCGCAGCGACAGGCUGAAACUCGAGCGCGCGCAAGUUUUUCGACACUAAGAAAUGAAGUUAAACGUCGACGAGUUUCGGUACCAGCCGGGCCGUAAUCGUUUUCCGUUUGUUCGUUAGGGCGCCAACGUUGGCGACGUUCGUUCCUCGCAUUUUUCUCUCGUUGCGCGGGACGGUUUUUCGCAUCGGCGCGAAAUGGUUGAUCGCGACGAUCCCGGACAGCGGAUAUUUCAUGUAUCACGAGGCGAGAAACAACGGGACUUCCGUAUAUCACGGAACCGACGUUAACGAGCGCAUUUAUACUUCUCGUCGCGCGUAAUUGACGGUCACCGAUCGCGACCAGCCCUUGAGAACCGACUACUUUUCGCGCCGGCCGAGUGCCGAUCGUCUCGAAGGGGACAUCCUCGGGUCGCGAAACUGCCGUCUCCGACGAGAUUCCUUUCCUCCGGAGGUUCUCGAGAUGCGUUCAUGCCGGAGGACGCGUCCUUUGACAAUAAGGGGAGAAAAAAAGGAAUAUUAUCUAAGCUUAAGUAAGUUUUAAGUCGAGUCGAGUCGCGGGUGAUUACGUUCAGGUGCCAUACGGAGGAGCCGGGCCUACCGACGACCCGUUAACGAUUAACGAUAACGAUUAACUAGAGUUAAGCUCCGCACUCUGCUCAACCGACGCGCCUCGCGUUCCACCGAUUUCGUACAUCGCGAGGACCCGUUAACGCCCUCGAACGAUACACGGGCACGGACACACGGACGCGAACACCUUCUUUUCCGUUUAGUUGCCGUUCUCCAUUUGUACAUGAUUCGUCGUAAGCAUCUCGCACGCGUCCCUCCCGGGCCCUGGCCGCGGUCUCGCGGCUCGGUUACUCGGUCGUUGGCAUUCCUUCAAAACCAUCUCACGGCAUCGCAGCCUCGACGACUGCUGCCGAUUUCGGAACGGCGAUCGGGCUUCAGGGGACACGGAGGUGCUCGAAGGGAUCGCGUCGCGAACUCCUGGGCGCCCUCGACCCCGCCGAAGUCGUCGCCCCGAGGAACGCGUGCGGGUCCUCGAUCUAACUUAGGAUUAGUGGUACUGUAUUAAACUAUUAUUCGAUUCGCAGACCUACAAUAAAGCAUGUUGUGAAUUUUAA